AUGUUGCAAACCCUAGGGGGCGUAAUCCCUCGCUUCGUGAAUCGGUCAUGGCUCCGAAAACUGACGCUGCGUGCUAUGGCAUUCUCUUCCUCGUCCGAUUAUGGAGACCAGUCGCGUGGUGGGCUUCCCCGUUUCUACUCCGAAACUCUUCCUCCUUCCAAGGGUAGUGUUAUACGGGUGCAAGGUGAUGAAUUUUGGCAUAUGACAAAAGUAUUGAGGUUGACCACCAACGACAGGGUACAGCUCUUCAAUGGAAAAGGAGGUCUGGUAGAAGGAUGCAUACAAGUCAUUGAUCGCAGUGGACUGGAUUUUGUUGCAUCGAGUGAUUUGAUAUCAAUACCUCCACAAAAUACACAAUUGCACGUAUUUGCUGGUUUUGGUUCUCUAAAGGGUGGCCGUUCUGACUGGCUUGUAGAGAAGUGCACAGAACUUGGAGCCAAUAGUGUAACUCCUCUAUUGACUGAACGUUCUCCAUCAAUCUCAGAAAAUCGGGUGGACAGAUUGGAACGUGUCAUUUUAGCAGCAUCCAAACAAUGUCAACGACUGCAUGAAAUGGUUCUGAAAGAUCCUAUAGAGAUUGGUGACCUUUUGCACCUCAUUGCACAAUCAAAGCUAUCACUUGUUGCGACAGCGAAGGCUAUUCCUGUUCUUAGUGCAUUGACGUCAUUGGAAAAGGAAACCAGUGGCUUAAUCAUUGUUGGACCAGAAGGCGAUUUCACUGAGAAAGAGGUGAGUAUGAUGAUGGAAGCAGGUGCUACAGCUGUUAGUCUUGGACCUCAUCGUCUUCGGGUUGAAACUGCCACGAUAUCACUUUUGGCAACUGUCAUGUUAUGGAGAGAUGAAAAAUAUCCAAUGAGUUCAAUAGGGCAAAGCAUACUGAUGGCACUAACUGCUACACUAAACAAGUAUGCUUCAUCUAAUUUGCAAGCAGUUCAUAGAACACAAGGAAAAACGCCACACACAACCACACCAAGCACUAACUUGGAAUUGGGAAGAAGAGGCGUUGUCUUAUCCACUCUAAUCGCCACAACCCAAAUACCUGACUCUAGGACUCAGCUUCUUCAAAAAUAUCGGAAGAAAUCCGAGGAAAACAAGGAGAAAAAUGACAAAGAGAGGCUGGAUAGUUAUUACAAACGUAACUACAAGGAUUACUUUGAAUUGAUGGAAGGGACAUUGAAGGCAAGGGAUGGGAAGGUUUCAGAUACAGAAAAGGAUAUCCUUGAUUGGCUUCAAAAAAACAAGUGA